CAUGUAAUAGCUACUAAUAGUGGUAAGUGGAAAAUAAUAAUUUCAAACCGUCAAAUUCAUCCCUUAGUUACACACACUAGGACCAUGGAACAUGAUAAAUAAAUUUUCUUCGACAUCUUCUACAAACCAUCAUCUUAAAUCUUAAAAUAUAAUAAAAGGGAUUUGAGAAAAGCACCUAUCCACGUCAGCCUUGGAGAGCUCUCCUUAAUUUUCGGAAUUAGGGUAUUUUUCCCCCUUUUUUAUAUACUAGCUUUCUACCCGGCCCAUCGGCCGGGUAAGUUUCUUUUGAUCAUUUAAUUAGUUUUAUUUAUAAUGAGCGAUAUUUGUGCAUAAGUUUGAUACUCUUUGUUUUUGUCACUCAUAAAUAUGUAAUAUCGUUGUCGAUUAACACUUAACAAACAUAUUCGAAUGUUUGGAUUAAUCCUCGUCCAAAGGACACCAAUUAUGGUCUAUCCAGUUAAAUACCUAAAGGCAAUGUAGUCAAAAUCGCGAUUUAAAACAUUAAAACUUGCGAUUUUAUGUUUUUAUGUCACUAAAACGCUUCUACACAAAAUCUCAAUUUUUAUAAUUUAUGUAGUUAAAACUCCGUUUUAAAACUUAAAAACUUACGAUUUUUAGAUCACCAAAUCGUUUCUACAUAGAAACUCGCUUUUGACUACAUUGCCUAUAGCCUCAAAUAGCUUGUUCAAACAAUUAGAAAAUCAGGACAAACCAUGAAAUUAGAAAAGCCAAUUGCUCAUUGUAAAAUGGAACUGGAAUAAAGAGUUCUUACCGUUUGAAGGUCCAAUUUGAUCAUUUGUAAAAUUGAUCAUUGUAAAAUCAUACUCUAUUUUUUCAUCUGUGCAUUGAAGCAAUUUAAAAAGGAAAUUGACAAUUUGAUGGUAAUAAGGGGAAAUAAAGAAAGGAAAAGAAACCUAAUUGCACUCUACGUUGGAGGUCCAAAAAAGCUACGCAAGUCAUCCAUAUUUUGUGACCUGUAAAUGGAGAUGAAAAAAACAGAAUAACAGAGAUAUUGAAAAGCUUGCACCAAUGAGGUUGAAAUCUCUAAAAUGAAAUGGAGAAACAAAAUUCAUCAAACGGAUUUAUCAACCACGACAACUAUUACAAAUUCAGAAUGAAUGGUAGAAGAAGAUCACUAUUGAAAUUUUGUAAUCCACAUGAACUACGGCCAAAAGAUAACAAUAAGAAAUUGUAUGUUAUCUGAUGUCACUUUUGAAACACCAAUUUUUUAUUGAACGAAGGAACAACAUUAAAAUACACAUAAUGAAGUCGGCUUUUACAACACUUGGUUCCGCAAAUUUAGCGCAAUCGUCCUCGUUGCCGCAAUUACAUAUUUGUCGUCUAAUUUUGUUCCCCGCGUUGAAUCACAAUGCCUUCAUUUUUUGACUCCAUCGUGGAGUCGUCUCUUUAUCCAUCGUCAGAUUGCCGGAUGAAUAUGAGAGAGGCUCUGCUGACUACUUCUCUUUCGCUUUGUUACCCAAACACAGCACUGUCGUCGUUGCCGCAAUCAUCAUCUUCAUCGUCAUAUUUUGUUUUCCCUGCGUUGAAUCACAAUUCCUUCAUCGUCUGCAUCCAUUGACACAUCGUCGGGAGUCGUCAUAUCUUAAUCUCCAUAAUCCAUCAUCGGAUUACCGGAUGAAUAUGAGAGAAGCCCUGCUGGUUGUCCCGAACGUCGUUGCUGUCUUGCUGAACCGACAACCGCCGCCUUGAUGGCAAAUAAUUUCAAGCGCCGCCGCUGAAACCGCUCUCAGUGAAAUUGUAGGUUGUAGAACGAAAGUAAGGAAAUAACAGAAUAAGGGUGGAAGAAGAGAAAGAGAAGCGUUGUUGAUAUUGGGAUUUUCCAAAAGUAGAGAAAAUAGGCAAAUAGCGGCCGAGAGACGGUUGCGGACGGAAGAAAGGUGGCUUACGUGGACACUUUCAGGUUUCACCGAGGAUUACGUGGCAUAGGGUUAAAAUUAAAAGUCCUUUAAUAUUUUUAAAGAUUCCAUAUUUUUUUCCAAGCAUUUACCACCAAUUAUUAUUUGUUAAUCAACGUGUUCCUUCUGUUUUUUUGAACGAUUGUAUUUUUUCUUUUAUUAACUUUCCGUGCUUUUUUUAAUGACCCCAAAGAUAAAAGAUUGCAUGUAUUAAUGAAUUUUGAAAAACUGUAAAAAUCUUUUGGGAACAUGUAGAUCUUUUGGGGCAUUUUUAAACUGGAUUUUUAGCUUUGAUGUUUAAUAUGUUCUUAUUUAUAAGAAAAUUAUAUUAAUAAUAACAUAUCUAGAAUAUAUAUAACUCGAACUGGAUAACCGGUUGGGCACUGAAACCACUAAAUAAGUUACAAUAGCUAUUCGAUUCAUUUGAUUGGACGGUUAAUGAUACAUUGAACGAUUUUAACGAUUUGACGUGAAUUAAGAAGAACCACCCCAGCUUGAUUGACCCAUAGGUUUAUUAUUUAACUAUAAAAUAUUAAUAUAUAUAUUUUUACAUAAACCAAAACCACCCAACCUCAAUCACUAAUUAUAUUUAUAUUAUUUUCUUCAUUUCCCAACCUAUUUGACACCUCUAUUUGGUUCAGUACGGAUUUUCACAUGAUUACUAACUUGAAUUUAAUAAAAAAAAUUGAUUUCUUUGUUAGAUAGUUUGAAUAUUUAUUAAAUAUUUUUGGUGGUAGAUGAUAUAGGUUUUUGAAAGUAUUUAUGAUUAGUGAUAAAUGCACUUCUAAAUUAGUAUAUUAUGGCUUUUAUGUUAUAAUGCAUGGACGAUUUUAUAAAUGAUUAACAAUAUUUUAUAAUGAUUAACCAUUGAACUAUCAACCGCUAGCUUUUUUGGUUGAGAAACCAGAGUAUGAAAACAUAACAUUUUGUUAUAUAAAUAUUAUUGAUCUCAAAUACACCUAAAAUUUAUAUAAUUUUGAUCUAGAUGCAAUAAACCUCUUUAAAAUAAGCAUACGAAUAAGAAAGAUGAGAAUGUUUCAGUCUUGACUUCAAUUGAAUAGUUUUUUUUAACAUUUUCAGUAUUUUGAACUAAAAUAUUGUUAUAAUCAAAUCAAUUUUUUGUAAUGUUACAUAUAUUCAUAGAUUACAUUGUUAAAGAAAUACUACGUGCCCAAAGGGCAGGGUUAUGCUAGUUCGAAUCUUAACCCGCUUUAUCUCAUAUUAUUCCAACAUGUUUAUCUUAUUUUAACUUUCUUUCAUGCACAUUUAAGACCAUCUAGCUUAAUAUCGGAUGGGCCGGAGAUGUGCCCACGUAGCCGUGGUGGGCUUUAUCGGGCCCACGUACCUAAUCCACUACUAACUAUUCUUCACAACCAAACGCCGCCGUUUGGUGCCACUCACUGAUCUUCCUCUCCUUUCUUUAUUCAUUUGCUUGGAUCCUUCUUCUUUGCGUUCUUUGUUCUUCCUCGGCACUCAAAGAAUCGUCCACGUCUUUUUCCCCCCCGCGGGCUCUCUCUUGCAUUUUCUCCUCUGAUCUCCACUCGAACACUUCCCCCGCCAUGGAAAUCGAUUCCCCUCUUCCCAACGGAAACUCUCUCGCCGCCUCCGCCGUCCCACUCCCCCUCAAUCCUGCUUCAACCGUCGCCUCCCCCGCGCCGCCGUCCAACCUUUCGCAACUGACCGAAUCAUUGAAGCUCGAGCACCAGUUUGCCCGCGUCCCUUUCGAGCACUACAAGAAGACGAUCCGCGCCAACCACCGCGCCGCCGAGAAGGAAAUCUCAUCCGUCGUCUCCGGCGUCAGUGAAGCCGCCGCUUCCGAUUUGUCCAAGGACGACGCAGUCCAGCACCUCACCUCCCUCGUCUCCAAAUUGCAAGGGCUCAAGAGAAAGUUGGAAGAGGGUAGUCGUACUGAGAACCUGCAAGCACAGAGAUGUCGAGCUCGUCUCGACCACUUGGAAUCAGCAGAUGCAGAGAAUAUGGCAGAUUGGAGCAACACCCGUCUCAAGCGAAUUCUGGUGGACUAUAUGUUGCGAAUGUGUUACAAUGACACUGCAACGAAGCUAGCUGAAACCAGCAACAUUCAGGAUCUGGUUGAUAUUGAUGUAUUCCAAGAAGCGAAAAGGGUUAUUGAUGCUCUCCAGAAUAAAGAAGUGGCUCCUGCUUUAGCUUGGUGUGCUGAAAACAAGUCACGGUUGAGGAAGUCCAAGAGCAAAUUUGAGUUCCAGUUGAGACUUCAAGAGUUCAUAGAAUUGGUGCGAGCUGACAAUCACAUGGGUGCCAUUUCAUAUGCUCGGAAAUAUCUUUCUCCAUGGGGAGCUACCCAUAUGAAAGAAUUGCAGAGGGUUAUGGCCACUCUGGCUUUCAGGAGUGGUACUGUAUGUGCUGCAUAUAAGGUUCUUUUUGAACCGGAGCAAUGGGACUAUCUGGUGGACCAAUUUAAACAGGAAUUCAGCAAGUUAUAUGGCAUGACAGUUGAACCGUUGCUGAAUAUUUACCUACAGACCGGGCUAUCUGCCCUGAAGACCCCAUAUUGCUACGCUGAUGACUGUCCAAAAGAGGAUCCGCUAUCGCAAGAGAGCUUCCGGAAGUUAGCACUGCCUUUACCCUACUCUAAGCAGCACCACUCGAAGCUCGUCUGCUACAUAACUAAAGAGCUAAUGGACACUGAGAACCCACCUCAAGUACUGCCCAAUGGCUAUGUCUACAGCACUAAGGCACUUGAAGAGAUGGCCAAGAAGAACAAUGGUAAGGUGACCUGUCCAAGAACAGGGCUGGUCUGUAAUUACUCAGAUGUGGUGAAGGCAUACAUUUCAUAAACCCUAGAGCUCUGUAAAAUCCAUUCGACCUCGCUGAGAGCGCGCUUAACGCUGUUCCCAGCGAAAUUCUGUGAAUAUUAGUGAUGCGUCAUAAAGCAUGCCAGAAAACCUACUCCAUUGUGUAAUUCCUCUUGUUCCUUCGCCUUAGGAUUGGCUUGAUUGUAUGGAUACAUGCACAUUGUACAUAUUCCAUGUCUUGCUUCUAAGAACAAGAGAUGUUUAUGAGCUGUUACCGAGUGAACUGCAAGCAAACUUACCUAAACAAAGUUACGAAUCCCCUUCCAGUAGCCAUCGCAUUCGUGAGCGUUGUUUCCAAUAGAGCUCUCCACAAACAAGCCGUAGAUAACUCAGCUUCCGCUCGACCCAUCUCCCACCCAAUCCACUAGUGAAUGUGGUUUUCUCACCUGAGAUGGUCAGAGUUCUCAACCCGAGAAUUUGACUGGCAGAAUUCGAAGUACCUAUUUUCGCCUAUUGAAACAACGUGUACCGAGCUUGUAUCAACCAAAGCUAUUAACUCGUAAAACCAAAGACUGACUUGAGCAACAAUCUCCGCAGUCUCUUGAGUUGUUAGUUGUUACUCCAUCUACCAUCAACACAUGACAAACUGACUUUCCUUGCGGUCUUUCCAGUUUCCACAACCCGCUGUGCGCUGGUUGUCAAGGCCCACCACCAAAGAAAGCCUGUCAACUCACACACGUUCAAGCAUUGAAUAAGGCCAAGCCAAAGCCCAAACUCAGGCCCAACCUUUUCCUUCUCGGCCGAUAAUAAUAACGUCAAUUUCGC